GGCAGGGACCCCGGCCGAGCGCCGCCGGGACCGCCGCCCUCAGCCCGCCCGCCCGCGUGUGCGCGCCCGGUGUCCGCGCGCCGACCGCCCGCCAGAAAAACCAUUUUUCUUCUCGGGAGGGUGAACAUUUAUAGCAUCGAUUUCACGGAUCUGGUAACAUGGCAAAAGAUGCCGGUCUAAUUGAAGCCAACGGGGAACUCAAGGUCUUCAUCGACCAGAACCUUAGUCCUGGAAAAGGUGUGGUGUCCUUAGUGGCCGUUCAUCCCUCCACAGUAAACACGCUUGGGAAGCAGCUCUUGCCAAAAACGUUCGGACAGUCCAAUGUCAACAUCGCUCAGCAAGUGGUAAUUGGUACGCCUCAGAGACCUGCAGCGCCCAACACUAUCGUGGUAGGAAGCCCACACACCCCUAACACCCACUUUGUCUCCCAGAACCAGUCUUCAGACCCCUCACCUUGGUCUGCCGGGAAGCGUAGCAGGAAAGGGGAGAAGAACGGCAAGGGGCUGAGGCAUUUCUCCAUGAAGGUCUGCGAGAAGGUGCAGCGGAAGGGGACCACGUCCUACAACGAGGUGGCGGACGAGCUGGUGGCAGAGUUCAGCGCCGCGGACAACCACAUCUUACCGAACGAGUCGGCUUACGACCAGAAGAACAUCAGACGGCGGGUCUACGACGCCCUGAACGUGCUGAUGGCCAUGAACAUCAUCUCCAAGGAGAAGAAGGAGAUCAAGUGGAUCGGUCUGCCCACCAACUCCGCCCAGGAGUGUCAGAACCUAGAGGUGGAGAGACAGAGAAGGCUGGAAAGGAUAAAGCAGAAACAGUCGCAGCUCCAGGAGCUUAUCCUGCAGCAAAUCGCCUUUAAGAACCUGGUGCAGAGGAACCGCCAGGCGGAGCAGCAGGCCAGCCGGCCGCCCCCCGCCAACUCCGUCAUCCACCUGCCUUUCAUCAUCGUGAACACCAGCAAGAAGACGGUCAUCGACUGCAGCAUUUCCAACGACAAGUUUGAGUACCUGUUUAAUUUCGACAACACGUUUGAAAUCCACGAUGACAUCGAGGUGCUGAAGCGCAUGGGGAUGGCCUGCGGGCUGGAGUCCGGGAGUUGCUCCGCCGACGACCUGAAGGUGGCGAGAAGUUUGGUGCCGAAGGCGCUGGAACCCUACGUGACAGAAAUGGCUCAGGGAUCGCUCGGCGGUGUCUUUGUCACGUCGGCUGUUUCAACUGCCAACGGCACGAGGCUCUCUGCCAGUUCUUGCCGAGUUUGCUGGAGACGUUGCGCUCCGUCCGCGCCGAGGGAGAUACAGGCCCUGCUGCCCGGCGGGCCCGAGGCAGCCGCUGAGGGGGAGGCACCACGGAACCGGCAGACGGCGAGGCUCUGCCUCUCGACGUCUUAUUACGACCUUAUUUCCCUUAAAUUAUAUUGACUGCGUGACUCCAUCGGGUUUCUACUUGGGUUUUGCUCUGUGUUGCAGCCGAUGAAUUGCGAAGCUCUUUCUUCGUUUCUGUGUGUUUGGUUUGGUAGGAGUUUACUGCCACGCUGGUGCAGCUUUGGAGACUGUCUGAGAGCUCGGAGUGGUUUAUUGCUUAUGGUAAAAUGUGCCUGAUUUCUUACAGGCAGCGUUUGGGAACUUUUAUUAUAUAGUUGUUUACAUACUUCUAAGUCUGUCACUUAAAGACAUGUACUGAAACAAAUGUUGUAUUUGUUUCGUAAGCAUCUUCCUGUAAUCUAUUAUAAAGUUGAAAUUAAAUAUAGAGAAUGUUUUAACAGUUUUUUAACUCAAAAUUUGUCAAUCAUUUUUAAUAGUUCUUUUUUUAUAAAAAGAAAAAGGAAUUUCAGGACAGGCAGUAGUCUCUUUUAAAACUUCUUCACCAAGAACCAUUAACUGCACAGUUGCUGUUAGCUGCCUGUUCUAAAAUACUUGUCUUUCUAUUGGAACACAAACAGACUUUUCUGUAAUAUUUUGUGGAAUAAAGAGACUUAAAUUGUUUGACUUGUUUAA